GAUUGGGUCAUCGUACGCAACCGAGUCUCUUGCCCACACCUCGCCCCACGCCUUCGUUCUUGAAACUGUCUCUGUUGCUCUUCAUUCUGCUUAUAAGCUACGCGCCGAUUGACUCUUGCCUUACAGCAGCCUGACGACCGCAAGAACACGCGCCCCGCAACCGCAAAUCGAACGAGGUCUGUGUGUACAUCACUGCGCAUCGAAGGGACCCAAACAUGGGUAAAUCACAGUCGAAGCUGUCGCAGCAGGAGCUAGCAGAUCUCCAGAAAGCCACGCAUUUCGACAAAAAGGAGUUGCAGCAAUGGUAUAAGGGCUUCCUCAAGGACUGCCCGUCCGGAAUGCUCUCCAAAGAGGAGUUUCAGAAAAUCUACAAGCAGUUCUUCCCGUUCGGCGAUCCUUCUUCCUUCGCCGACUACGUAUUCAAUGUCUUCGACGCCGACAAGUCCGGUACGAUUGACUUUAAGGAAUUCAUUUGCGCACUGUCCGUCACAUCGCGCGGGCGCAUGGAGGACAAGCUGACGUGGGCUUUCCAACUGUAUGACAUUGAUGGCGACGGCAAAAUCAGCUACGAGGAAAUGCUGGCAAUCGUCGAGGCUAUAUACAAGAUGGUUGGAAGCAUGGUGAAGCUGCCUGAGGACGAGGAUACGCCAGAGAAGAGAGUGAAGAAGAUCUUCAGGAUGAUGGACAAGGACGAGAACGGCAGUCUGGACAUGGCAGAGUUCAAGGAAGGCAGCAAGAGAGACGAAACCAUAGUUUCUGCUUUAUCGCUAUACGACGGUCUCGUAUAGCUGGGUUGUGCUUCCAACAUAAGACCGUUUCGUAACGGAAAAUGUGCGUUCAUAGACAAGUGUUCACGUGAUAUAUACGCUGCGAUGACAUUGAGGUGCUUCUAGGGGAUGGGAGGAUUUUAUUGCAUGCUUAGCAAGUAGGGUAUCUGUAUUUACAUUGAGACUACAAGACUCCGUGCUAGGCAAAUGUAACGUCAUGAUCAAC